CAAGUCCUCCCAUCUCCUCUCCACACGAAUAAAGAUGUCGACUAUUACUAGUACUGCUCUUCAGACCUCCUACCCGCCUCUCCUCCCUAAGUCUUUCAACGGCAACCAGCCCAAAACAAUCCGCCUCUAUCCCCUCUCCAACUACACCUUCGGCACCAAAGAGACCCAACCGGAAGAAGACCCCUCGGUGCUCGCGCGCCUCAAGCGCCUCGAAGAACACUAUGUCGCGCACGGUAUGCGGCGAACGUGCGAAGGGAUCCUCGUUUGUCACGAGCAUAACCAUCCUCACAUCCUAAUGCUGCAAAUCGCGAACGCGUUCUUCAAGCUCCCUGGCGAUUACCUGAAGCCCGAAGAUGAGGAAAUAGAAGGGUUCAAGAUGAGGCUGAACGAGAGACUGGCGCCUGUAGGUACGCAGUUUAGCGGCGAGGGCGUUAAUGAGGAAUGGGAGAUUGGUGAUACGCUGGCGCAGUGGUGGAGGCCGAAUUUCGAGACUUUCAUGUACCCCUUCAUCCCGGCGCAUGUUACGAGGCCGAAGGAAUGCAAGAAGUUGUAUUUCAUCCAACUUCCGAGACAGAAGGUUCUCAGUGUCCCGAAGAAUAUGAAACUUCUGGCCGUCCCUCUCUUCGAGCUCUACGAUAAUACCGCGAGAUAUGGCCCUCAAUUAUCGGCAAUUCCUCAUUUGCUAUCACGGUAUAAUUUCGAAUUCAUUGAUGAGAAUGGUCAAGUAGUGGCUGUUACUCCAGGAGGUGGUCCAGAUGAUGGAUACGUGCCGAAAACGAAAGUUCUAGCGGGGGGCACUGAUGAAGAGAUGUCUACAUUCGAGGAAGUCAAGGAGGAGAAUGGGGCACAGUAA